CAACCUCCAUUGAAACUGAAAUCAAAGUAAAGUUUGGUAAUUAUCCUCUGUUGACAACAACACUUAAAUCUGACUUUUAUUUCCCACUGAAUAAUUAAAAUUGGUAAACAAAAAAAAAGUACACGUUUUUCUUUAACACAAAAAAUGAAGCUGUUCUGUUCUGUUCUGUUCCUGAGCCUCUCUGUCCCACCCCAACUGCCUCUCUCUUUCUUUUGUGUGUGGAUUUUGGAAUACACAAAGUGAAUAUUUUUAUUGCUUUGCAUCAGUUUUAUUAUACUUGAUCUAGAUACCAACUCCAGUGGAAAGAGUUCAACUUUCUUUCUAGUUUUUUCUAGUUAAUUCAUUCGUACCCCUGCCAUGGAAGAAGACUCUGAGUUCUGUUCCUCACAAUUCAUGAGCUCAAGUUGUUGUUCUCAAGGCACACUUGUUCUGGCUCUUGCCCUUUUCACCAAAGGCUCUUCUCAUUGCUUUGGUGUCACUAUAUGUGGGUCUUCUUCAAUUUAACCUCUAUUUGUUCUUGCUUCAAGUAAUAAGCUUCCAAAGGUGUAAUUUUUUUUGCUCCAAUUUAUUGUACUGUUGUUCUGUUGACUCACUUCUGAAGAUGUUGUGUUUGGAAAUUGGUGUGGAGAUGAGGGUGGUUUUAUCACUGAUUUUGCAGCUGGUGAAGCUCUGCAUCAUUGGCUUUGCUGUUGCAUUCCAUGGAUCUGAAGGGUCUGCUAUAUCCCCAUCUCCAGGAUUCCUUCCAAUCAUUCAUCCUAGUGGAGAAGCACCUGCUCCCAUCCAUCAUGGAUUGUCAUGGGAAAGCAGUCCUCCAAAAUCACCUUCAGAUACAAACGGGUUUGGUAUAUCCCCAUCUCCUGAAAUAAUACCUGUGGAUCCUUCCCCCAGUGAAUCACCUGGUACUUUACACCCAAGAGAACCAUGGAGAACUGUUGCACCAAUCCCUCCAGAAGUACCAAAUGUGUCAUUCUUGCCCCCUCUAGUUACUACAUUACCACCUCUUACAUCAGCUCCAACUCCUCAGAAGAUAAAAGGAUUUGAACCAUCUAUAUCUCCUAGUCCUAGUACAAGCACCAUAGCAUCAUCACCACCGGCACCAUAUAAUGAUGCUCAUGCACCAUCAACUGCUGAAGGGAAUGUGCCACCAUCCAUACAACCAAGUCCGUCUCAAAGCAAAACAACACCUGCUAUUAGGCCUCCUGUAUCCACACCAAUUGCUCCAGCUCCAAUUCCAAUACCUUCUGGCAAUUUGCCAAAAACUUCACCUAUCAGCCAACCAAUUGAACAUGGAAGCUUGCCUCCUAAGAUUGAUGAGAGGAAUAAGAGUCACAAGCCAGAACCAGCUUUGCCAGCACUAGUUCCAAUGCCUUCUACCAAAUUGCCCAAAAUUUCACCAGUAAGCCAAGCCACUGAAAAUGGAAGUUUGCCUCAUAGAGAGGGUGAAAAUAAUGGUCACAUACCAGAGCCAAUUUCACCAGCCCCUAUAGUAUUCAGUUUUCCCGAACAUUCACCAGUGAGUCAGCCAACUGAACAUGGAAGUUUGCCUCCAAUUGACCCCAGAAGGAAUAUCAACCCUGGUCACACAUUGGAGCCAGUUUCCCAAGCCCCAGUUGCAAUGCCUCCUGCAAAUUUGCCAAAAUAUUCAUCAGUCAGUCAACCAACUCAUCAUGGAAAUUCCCCACCUGAUGUUCAAAAUAGAACUGCAAAUAAUGGUCACAGUCACACCCCAGCACCAGAAAUGCCACCAUCAGUUACACCACCAAGUCCAUUUCCAGUAGAUCCACCAUUGGCCCACCAUGUCAUACCAGCAGCAUCUCCACCCAAAUCACCAGCACCUGUUGUCUCUCCUGCAUUGACUCCUUCCAGAAGCUUUGGUUGGAAAAAAAGUGGAGAACCAGUUUCUGCACCUGUGUAUGAAACACCAAAGCCACCACCAACUAUAGUACAUUCCCAUGCUCAAGCACCUGUUGUCUCUCCUGCAUUAACACCUUCUAGAAGCUUCAAUUGGACAAAAGGUGGAGAACCAGUUUCUGCACCUCCGUACAAAAUACCAAAGCCACUACCAGCUAUAGUACAUUCCCCUGCUCAAGAAAGACAAUUUCACCAUGCUCCUGAGCCACUGAUUUCAUCUCCCAAAUCUCCUUUCAACAAAGAUCAUCCUCCUGCAUCUUCACCUUCAACCACAUUCUAUAAGCAUCACUAUACAAGGAACACAGUCACCAGCCCUGCUCCUGCAUCAUCACAUUUUGUUUCUCCUUCCACUUCAAAACACCAAGAUGGAUCAAAUCCUCCCUCGCCGCUGCCAACAAGUGGGCAAAGACAUCAUGCUCCACUACCAAUGAACACAGGUUCCUCGGUUUCCCCAUCUUCCCUCCAUAUUCAGUCACCAGUGAACCAGGUUUCACCUGCUCCUUCUCCGAUAUUCAACAUAUCCCCCCACUCAACCAAAAUUCCAUUGCAUCCUCCUAAAGUGUCUCCUUCUCGGCCUUCUUCCAAGAUCCCUAAGAAGCCAGUCCGGCCUCGUUUUCAAGCACUGCCACCCCCACCUCCAAAUGAAGAUUGUAUAUCAGUGGUUUGCUCAGAACCCUAUACAAGUACUCCACCUGGAGCACCUUGCAAAUGUGUGUGGCCCAUGGAAGUUGGUCUUCGCCUUAGUGUUUCUCUGUAUACUUUCUUCCCUUUGGUUUCAGAGUUUGCUUCUGAAAUUGCCACUGGGGUUUUCAUGAAGCAAAGUCAAGUUCGCAUUAUGGGAGCUGAUGCAGCAAACCAGCAACCUGAUAAAACUAUUGUAUUCAUUGACUUGGUACCACUUGGGGAAGAAUUUGAUAACACUACAGCCUUUUUAACUUCUGAGAGAUUUUGGCAUAAACAAGUGGUUAUAAAGACUUCUUACUUUGGUGAUUAUGUCGUGUUGUAUGUGACCUAUCCAGGUUUGCCUCCAUCUCCUCCUUUACCUCCUUCAAGCAUUUCCAUAAUCGAUGGUGGUCCGUAUUCGGGUGGUGGCAAUAAUGGUAGGACAAUAAAGCCCCUUGGGGUUGACAUAUCAAAGAGACAGCAUAGAGGUGGACUUAGCAAGGGCAUAAUUGCUGUCAUUGCUCUUUCAGUUUUUCUAGUAGUUGCUUUAUGCUUUGCUGCUGCUUUGGCAUCGUUCAAGUACAGAGAUCAUGUGAGUCAAACACCUUCAACCCCACGGAUUUUACCUCCUCUUACCAAAGCACCAGGUGCUGCUGGAUCAGUAGUUGGCGGUGGGCUUGCUUCAGCUUCGACAUCAUUUCGAUCUAGCAUUGCUGCUUACACAGGAUCUGCUAAGACUUUAAGCAUGAAUGACAUUGAGAAAGCCACGGAUAAUUUCCAUGCUUCCAGAGUACUUGGAGAAGGUGGUUUUGGGCUUGUUUAUAGCGGUAUACUUGAAGAUGGGACAAAAGUUGCUGUCAAGGUUCUAAAAAGAGAGGAUCAUCAAGGCAACCGUGAAUUCCUAUCUGAAGUUGAGAUGCUUAGCCGCCUUCACCAUAGAAACUUGGUUAAGUUGAUUGGUAUAUGCGCAGAGGUCAGCUUCCGCUGUUUAGUUUAUGAACUCAUUCCAAAUGGCAGUGUGGAAUCCCAUUUACAUGGAGCUGACAAGGAAAACAGCCCACUUGAUUGGAGUGCUCGGUUAAAGAUAGCUCUUGGUUCUGCUCGUGGACUGGCUUAUCUGCAUGAAGAUUCAAGUCCCCAUGUCAUACAUAGGGACUUCAAGUCUAGCAAUAUUUUGCUGGAAAAUGAUUUUACACCAAAAGUAUCCGAUUUUGGAUUGGCCCGAACAGCAGCUGAUGAGGGGAACAGACACAUAUCAACACGAGUGAUGGGAACUUUCGGUUAUGUGGCCCCAGAGUAUGCAAUGACUGGACAUCUUCUUGUGAAGAGCGAUGUUUACAGUUAUGGUGUUGUCCUCCUUGAGCUUUUGACUGGAAGAAAACCGGUGGACAUGUCACAACCUCCUGGUCAAGAAAAUCUCGUUGCAUGGGCUCGUCCACUACUCUCAAGCGAAGAAGGAUUGGAAGCAAUGAUAGAUCCAUCUCUUGGACCUGAUGUGCCUUCUGAUAGUGUGGCUAAAGUUGCAGCCAUUGCUUCAAUGUGUGUACAACCAGAGGUGUCGGACCGUCCUUUCAUGGGGGAGGUUGUUCAGGCUCUAAAACUUGUGUGCAAUGAAUGUGAUGAGGCAAGAGAAACAGGUUCAAGCUCUAGCUCUGUUGAUUUGAGUCAUUCUAGACAACUAUCAGAUAAUUUACAAGGCCAAUUCUCAGCCACUAACUAUGAUUCUGGAGUUGAUAUUGAAAAUGGGUUGUUAGCAUCAGAGUUAUUCAGCUCAUCAGCGAGAUAUGGAAGGCGAGUGUCCGGAUCAUUUAGAAGGCAUUCUUAUUCAGGUCCUCUAAAUACUGGAAGAAGCAAGCGGUUGUGGCAGAUAAUUAGAAAGCUUUCUGGGGGUAGUGUCAGUGAACAUGGAACUAUGUUUAAGUUAUGAGUCUUAUGACCAGGUUCCAUUGAACCAAAUUGCAAUUUUUGAACUUUCUUCUGUGCAUAUUGCUCUCCCUCACUUUGUUAAUGUGCAGUUCACAACUCUGCUAGAGGCAUUGCACCUCUCUGCCUGAGCCAUUUGAAGUUUGACAAGAGAAUACAAGCAAGUUGUAAAUAGGUUUUGACAUGCUUUUUUCUGCUAACCUGCAAGAUCAUGUGUAUGUAACUGGUACUAACACUUUGAAGAGGGGAAGCAAUGCAAAUCUAGCUUGAAAAUAGAAGAUGACUGAAGAUGACCUUUAGUAAGACCUCCAAUUGCAAAUACAAACAUACAAGAUAUAGUCUAUGCAGUUGCAGCAUCAAUAAUGUAAUGUUCAAAUUGUCAAAGUCUCAUGCAUUUAGAGGAGGAGGGGAUGGAAUGGAAUCUGGUUAAUUAGUUGUAUAGAACAAGAUAUAUUACGAAUACAAAUCUGAAUUUACGCAGGCCACUCAUUUUUGAAAA